CGGGAGAGUGUGCAACCUGGCAGCCAUUGCAUGCUCUCUCUCACACCUUUACCCCCUCUGAAACUCAUUUCUCAAACCCUUAAGUUGGUUUUUUGGGUCUCGGAAUCCACAUUUGAUUUCAGUUUUUUUUUUUUUUUUUUUGAGGUUUUUAGAGGAAUUUGGAGGAUCUGGGCUUCUGAAAUUUGUCAAGAUUGGGCAAGUAACAGCUGAUUGUGUGCAUUUGGGAGAGAUUUGUAGAGAUGAAAGUGAACCAGAAGGAUUCGGAAAAGGUGGGUUGGGAUCAGAUGAGGGGCUCAUCGGGAAAUCCCAUUGCCGUGCCUGUGGCUCAGGCUCGGACCUUGCCGAAGUUGAUGGUGUGGCUCAUCCUCUUUGUUUCGGUGACAUACGUCGUCUAUACGUUGAAGCUUGUAUCCACCUCUCGCGCCUGCGACGAUGACCUCCUGAUUACGCCACCGCUGAUGACCGUUUUGUCGUCCGAAGCCAACGUCACGAUGGGCGCUGCUACGGCGGAGGGGAUCCGGAACCAGACGUCGACAACGGUGGCGCUACGGCGGGAAAUCCCCGAGGUCCACAAGAGGACGGAGCUGCGGCACAUCGUGUUCGGCAUUGCGGCGUCGGCGAAGCUGUGGGACCAGAGAAAGAACUACAUCAAGCUAUGGUGGAAGCCGAAGGAAAUGAGGGGGAUAGUUUGGUUGGACAAUCAGGUGAAGACCCGGAACGACGAGGGACUCCCGCCGGUGAGGAUCUCCGGCGACACGUCGCGGUUCUCCUACACGAACAAGCAGGGGCACCCUUCCGCGAUUAGGAUCUCGCGGAUCGUGUCCGAAACGUUCCGGCUGAGAAUGAAGGACGUGAGAUGGUUCGUCAUGGGCGACGACGACACCGUUUUCAUCACCGAGAAUCUGGUUCGACUCUUAGCCAAAUACGACCACAACCAGUACUACUACAUCGGCAGCUUAUCGGAGAGCCAUUUGCAGAACAUAUACUUCUCCUACAGUAUGGCCUACGGCGGUGGCGGGUUCGCAAUUAGCUACCCAUUAGCCAGAGCUCUUGAGAGAAUGCAAGACAGGUGCAUACAGAGAUACCCAGGAUUGUACGGCUCAGAUGACCGAAUGCAGGCUUGCAUGGCUGAGCUCGGCGUUCCUCUCACAAAAGAACUCGGUUUCCACCAGUAUGAUGUGUAUGGGAACCUUUUUGGGCUUCUUGCUGCGCAUCCAGUGACACCCUUGGUGUCGCUACAUCACCUUGAUGUGGUGGAGCCCAUCUUUCCCAAUGUGACCCGGGUUGAGGCCCUCAAGCAGCUCAUGGUGCCAAUGAAGCUUGACUCUGCAGGUCUGAUGCAACAGUCUAUCUGCUAUGACAAAGCAAAGGGCUGGACCAUUUCUGUUUCUUGGGGCUUUGCAGUUCAAAUUUUCCGGGGAAUUUUCUCACCUCGUGAGAUAGAAAUGCCUUCAAGAACAUUCUUGAAUUGGUAUAGAAAAGCUGAUUACACGGCUUAUGCCUUCAAUACGCGUCCAGUUAGCAGGAACCCAUGCCAGAAGCCCUUUGUGUUCUACUUGUCAAGGGCAAGAUUUGAUUCUUCAAUGAAUCAAACAGUCAGUGAGUAUGCUCGGCAUCGUGUCCCUCACCCAUUGUGCAGGUGGAAAAUGGCUGAUCCUGCUGAUAUUGACAGAGUGGAGGUUUACAAGAAACCCGACCCACAUCUAUGGCAAAGGUCACCGAGGAGAAACUGUUGCAGGAUCCUGGACUCGAAGAAGAGAUCAGCAAAAAACAUGGCAAUAGAUGUGGGUGUAUGUAGGGAGGGUGAGAUCAGCGAAAUAUAGCAACCCUGACCAAGGAAGGCAGGCAAGGGUGCCUUUUUGUGUUUAAAUUUAACUUCUCUUUAUUCUUAACUUAUUUCUUCAUUUAAUUAUUCCACUUCUUAAAAUUUUCUUGCUAAGCGUCUUCCUCAGUCAACUGACAAACAAUCAUUAGAAAACAUAUGUUUAUGUAAAAAAAAAAAUGUUGUUAAUUUAUACCAUUUAUAUAUAUGAUCGAGUGCAGCGCGCACGGUUUUGUUUAUUA